UAAGAAGAAACUUGCCAUUAGUUGUUGAAUUAGCAAGCUGUUGCAGUCUGUUGGAGCAGAAUGCAUGUGGUUAAUGUGCUGUCCUUCCUGUUAAUUACCUCAUGCCUGUGUGAUGGGAGAAGAGAAAGAGGAAACAGAGCAGCUCAGGGUUUGUUUGACUCUGUUACAGACAAUGAUUUGGGGUUGAAGAUGAAGACACACUAUAAGUCUAAAUCCAUGUUCAGGAUGUAUACGCAUGGGAAGGAUAUAGAGGAUGCCUGCACUGUAGAGCUCUUCCAAGCCCACACUCUGCAGACCUGUCACUUCAACAGCAGUCACCCACUGGUCAUCAUCAUCCACGGCUGGUCGGUGGAUGGGAUGAUAGAAAGCUGGGUCACUCGGCUGGCUGAUGCACUUAAAAGCACACAGAAGGAUAUCAAUAUCCUGGUCAGUGAUUGGCUGACCUUAGCACAGCAGCACUAUCCCAUUGCUGCUCAAAACACACGGGUGGUGGGGCAGGAGAUUGCCUGGCUGCUCAUGUGGCUUGAGGAUCUCACACAGUGUCCUGUUAGUAAGGCCCAUCUUAUCGGCUACAGUCUGGGUGCUCACAUAGCAGGAUUCGCUGGAACUAACUUAGCCGCAUCAGGGAGGACUCUGGGAAGAAUCACUGGCCUGGACCCUGCAGGCCCACUGUUUGAAGGCAUGUCCUCUACAGACAGACUCUCCCCAGAUGAUGCCAGGUUUGUGGACGCCAUUCACACAUUUACCCAGCAGCACUUGGGGCUCAGUGUGGGCAUCCAUCAACCCGUUGCCCACUACGACUUCUACCCUAACGGAGGAUCAUUUCAGCCCGGGUGCCACCUGCACGUUCAGAACCUGUAUGCCCACCUGUCUCAGUAUGGCCUUCUGGGCUUUCAGCAGACGUUGAAGUGUGCCCACGAGCGAGCUGUGCACCUUUUCAUUGACUCUCUCCUGAACAGAGACAAACAGAUCACGGCCUACAAGUGCAGAGACAACACAGCAUUUAACAAGGGUGUCUGUCUGGACUGCCGCAAAAACCGGUGUAACACUCUCGGCUAUGACAUCAAGAAGGUCCGCACGAGCACCAGCAAGAGCCUGUACCUCAAAACACGCUCGCUUAUGCCAUACAAAUUGUACCACUUUCAGAUCAGGAUCCAGCUCAGCACACGGUUUGAAAAGAUUGAUCCGUCUCUCACCAUCAAACUCACCGGCACUCUUGAGGAGAGCGAAUCCUUGCCAAUCACGCUAGUAAAGGAACUCUCAGGCAACAAGACCUACACUUUCCUGAUCACCCUGGACGCUGACAUCGGAGAUCUGAGGAUGAUGCACGUUGCCUGGGAAGCAGACCCACUGUGGACCAACAUGUGGAGCAAAGUGAAGACCAUAAUCCCAUGGAGUAGGAAGGAAGUUGUGCCACAGAUGACCAUUGGCAGUAUUCGAGUCAAAGCAGGGGAGACACAGCAGAGAACCCAGUUUUGUGCUCGGACAGAAGAUGGGGUGUAUAUCCAGCCCUCUGAGGAGAAGCUGUUUGUUCGCUGUGAUGAAAGGCGGGAAAAGCCGGAGCACAUGAGGUCACAUGGCUGAAGGAAAGCGCAGGGUUUUUGUGCUCACGCACGUGUUGUAACAUCGUAAUGUGAGUAUGUUAAACAACAACAACAACAACAACAACAACACUUGGACUUUAUGAGGUUAAGCGACGCAGAAGAAGCUGAAACCACAGUUACUGUUUUUAAUCCGCUCUUGUCGACUGGUACUCGUCACUUUCCCCUUGUUUUGAAUCCCUGCUGUGAUUUCAAGCCUAGUUCACACUGCACCCACAGACACUCGUAAUAUGGGAUUAGAGUUGUUUCAUUAUUCCAUAUAAAUAGAUUACGAUCCACAAAUAAAUGUAGUCCGAUUUACAAAAAUU